AUGGAAAGAGCUGCAAAUCUCAUCUUAACAGCAGGAUCUCUACUUGUCGGAGGUGGAAUGCUAUUUAAGUCCUUCUUCUAUACCGUGGAUGGAGGACAAAGAGGAUUAAUAUUCGAUCGAUUUUAAGGAGUCAAAGAAUCUAUCUAAGGAGAGGGAAUGCACUUUUUCAUCCCAGUUAUUUAAUCACCAAUAGUGGCUGAAGUGCGUCUCUAACCAAAAACUGUGGCUUCUCACACAGGUACUAAGGAUUUACAAACUGUUGAUAUCGCUAUCAGAAUGCUUCAUAAACCAAUUGAAUAAUAUUUACCUGAAAUUUAUAAAACUAUUGGUUUAAAUUACGAAGAGAAGAUUCUUCCAUCCAUUGCUAAUGAAGUCUUGAAGGCAGUCGUGGCCUAAUAUGAUGCAGAUUAAUUGAUCAAAAUGAGAGAGAAGAUAUCCUAGGAAAUUAAGGAAGGUUUGAUUGAAAGAGCAAAGGAAUUCAAAAUUGUCUUGGAAGAUGUAUCAAUUACUCAUUUGGGAUUCAUGAAAGAAUAUGCUCAAGCUAUUGAAGCUAAAUAAGUGGCUUAGUAGUUGGCAGAAAGAUAAAAGUUCAUUGUGUUGAGGGAUGAAGAAGAAAAGAAUGCAAAAAUCAUAUUAUCUGAGGGAGAAUCAGAAGCUGCAAGAUUGAUUAAUGAAGCAGUGAAAUCUUAUGGAACAGCCUAGAUUGAAAUCAAGAAAUUAGAAACUGCAAAACAUAUUGCUGAAACCUUAGCCAAGAGUCCAAACAUUAGUUGGAUCCCAACUGGAAAUGGAGUUUCAAAUCUAUUGAAUUUGAAAACAUUUUGA